AUGACGACUUCGCUGGUCCUGCAUCCAUGCUGGGCGGACACCUUGAUGUACGUGUAUGAAAAAAGUCCGAAUGAAAAUAAUCCACAUAAAAACCAAUCCAUGGAGGGACUGAGCGGGAAUUGCCCUGCGACCCACUGCAGGGAUCUCAUCUCGCACCCGGCACUUGGCCGUCACUCCGGGAGCAUUGCUACCCACCAGGGCUCCGUGUACCCCGAUCUACCUUCGCAAGACGCCGGGCGACAGUGCCCUGCCCCACAAACUUCGUCGAGCGCCUCGCUGGGCUAUGGCUAUCCAUUUGGAAGCCCUUACUACGGGUGCCGAUUGUCUCACUCGCACAACGUCAACCUGCAGCAGAAGCCAUGCUCUUAUCACCCUGCCGAAAAGUACACGGAGCCGAGCGCAGCACUGCCCACAGAGGAGCUCUCCAGCCGAGCCAAGGAAUUCGCCUUUUACCCGAGCUUCGCCAGCUCUUACCAAACUGUCCCGGGUUAUUUGGACGUGUCAGUUGUGCCGGGAAUCAGCACGCACCCAGAGCCGAGACAUGAAACUUUGAUUCCUAUGGACGGUUACCAACAUUGGGCUCUGUCGAACGGAUGGGAUGGCCAGGUGUAUUGUUCCAAGGAGCAAACUCAGUCGACCCAUCUCUGGAAGUCUCCAUUUCCAGACGUGGUGCCACUUCAGCCUGAAGUCAGCAGCUACCGCCGAGGCCGCAAGAAGCGAGUCCCCUACACCAAACUCCAGCUAAAGGAGCUGGAGAAAGAGUAUGCGGCCAGCAAGUUCAUUACCAAAGACAAACGACGGCGGAUCUCUGCAACCACCAACCUCUCUGAGCGACAGGUUACCAUCUGGUUCCAAAACCGUCGCGUCAAAGAGAAGAAAUUCAUCUGUAAAUCCAAGACAAAUGCCCACAUGCAUGCCACCUGAUCAUUCUUUACCAGCGGCCAUGACGACUCACGCCCAUGUUUAUUACCCACACGAACUAAAUAUUUAUAUUUUAUCCGAAAUCUGAUGCGCAUCAGUCGCUUGCGUCAGUUAAUCAUCUGGAUUUCACGUUCAUAAUCGAAGUGUGUUGAUAACAAGGACAAAACUAGAGAAGGUUGACUGUAAUGACGCAGCGUUGGAUGCCCCCAAACCCUCUGGUGCUUCGAAUUAAUAUUUUCCCCAGAAAGAAGAGUUUGAGAAUGAUGUAGCCUACUGGAUUUCUUCUCAGAUCCACGAAUAGAACUGCCAGUGUUUGUGUGGAGAAUUCUAGUGCUGUUGUCGAUAUUGUGCAAGCCAUUUCUGGUUACAGGACACUUCAACUUUAAACAGACCUUCUCUUCAGUGAUCGUCUUUUGUUUGGUACCAAGGGUGGAGGGAGGCUGCUAAUGUGGAAUUGUACAGUUACGUGCAUUUAUUAUUUAAAUAAGAUUCUCGAAUGGCAGGGGUUGUAAAUUGCUUAUAUUUUAUGGUUCUCAUAAUUUGUUCUUUGUCAGUGAAGGAUAUGUCUGUCAUGCAACUGGAAUGAUUAUCAAUUAAUGAAUAUUAAAAGAGAACUACGUAUUAAUGCACAAUCUCUUAGUUGGUUUAUAUAUAGCGAGUUCGCUCCCAUUGCAUUCGAGCCGACGACUUUCAUUGUACGCGUUUUUCAUUGGUUCAGUACAGUAUGUGAACAGUG